CACCGCCACUGCGGGACAAUUGUUAUGAGCUCUGGAAUCACUGUUGCCUUGCAUCCUGGGAUAUUCCCUGUCCCUUCCCUUUUUCUCCCCCCCCACGAUACGUACUCGGGCCCGGGAGAGCUGUCUGCUGUUGGGGGUGGGGUCAUUUCUGUGGUGCAUGCGCAUCGCCGUGACCGUGAUGGACGGUUCUCGUUCAGAAUCACAAUCGGGUUUAAUAUCACCAGCAUACGUCGUGAAAUGUGUUACUUCUGCAGCAGCAGUACAAUGUAAUACUGUAAUUCAGUUUUUAUCACUGUGAGAUGAAGAAGUGUCUCAUCCCAGCUGGAAACAUGCUUUGUGUCUGAAAUGGAGUUUUCUCUUUGAACUCAGUGAGUCCACUGGAACCGGGGUGCUGAGAACACACCAGCAUUUGCUGAUCUGUUCUGCCUGUGGGAAGCAAUUCAUUCUGUCAUCCAAGCUGGUUGUACAACAGAAAAUUUACAGCAGUGAGAAGCUGUUCACUUGAUCCAUCUGUAGGAAGAAAUUCACUCAGAGCUGACAGGCAGACACACCAGUGAGUUCACAAGGGACAGAGACUGUUCAAUUGUUCCGUGUGUGGGAACAGAUUCACUCAAUAAUCUGAUCUGCUGAUGCAUGUGUGAGCUCUCACUGUGAAGAGGCUGUUCAUCUGUUCAGACUGUGAGAAGUGAUUCACUCAGUCAUCCCAUCCACAGACACACCAGUGAGUGCACAGAAGAGAGAGGCUGUUCACCAGCUCGGUCUGUGGGAUUCAGUCAGUCAUCCCACCCACAAACAUACCAGUCAUUUCAUACUGGGGAGAUGCUGUUUACCUGCUCUGACUGUGGGAAGGAAUUCAAUCGAUCAUCUGACCUACUGGCACACCAGUCAGUCCACACUGGGGAAAGACCAUUCACCUGUUUAGACUGUGGGAAGGGAUACACUCAGUCAUCUCAACUGAAGGUACAUCAGCGAGUUCACACUGGGGACAGGCCGUUUACCUGCGUAGACUGUGGGAAGAGAUUCACUCGAUCAACAGAUGUACUGGUACACCAGCGAGUUCACACUGGGGAGAGGCCGUUCACCUGCUCAGACUGUGGGAAGAGAUUCACUCAGUCAUCCCAACUGAAGGUACAUCAACGAGUUCAUUCUGGGGAGAAACCGUUCACCUGCUCAGAGUGUGGGAAGGGAUUCACUCAAUUAUCUCACUUACUGGUACACCAGUCAGUUCACACUGGGGAAAAACCAUUCACCUGCUCACACUGUGGAAAGGGAUUCACUCGAUCAUCUCACCUACAGGCACACCAGUCGAUUCAUACUGGGGAGAGACCAUUCACCUGCUCUGACUGUGGGAAGGGAUUCACUCAAUCAUCUGACCUACAGGCACACCAGUCAGUUCACACGGGGGAAUGGCCAUACACCUGUUCAUACUGUGGGAAGGGUUUCACUAAGCCAUCAAAGCUGAAGGUACAUCAGCAAGUUCACACUGGAGAGAGGCCAUUCACCUGCUCAGUCUGUGGGAAGGGAUUCACUCAGUCAUCUUCCCUACUAGCACACCAGCGAGUUCACACUGGGGAGAGGCCGUUCAUUUGCUCGGACUGUGGGAAGGGAUUCACUCAGUCAUCUUCCCUACUGGCACAUCAGCGAAUUCACACUGGGAAGAGGCCAUUUACCUGCUGAGGAUGUAGGAGGGGAUUCACUCAGUCAUCUUAACUUAAGCUGCAUUGGCGAGUACACACUGGAGAGAUGCCAUUCAUCUGCUCAGACUGUGGGAAGGAAUUCAAAGGUUCAUUUCAUUAUCAGUGUAUGUAUCCAGUAUACAGCUCCUGAGAUUCAUCUUGCUUACAAGACAAAAGAAAAACCAUGGAAAUCGUUGAAAGAGAAACAUUGACCCCACCCCCCCACACAAAAAACCCCAACCCUUCCCUCACACAAAAACUAACAGAUUGCCCAUACUGAAAAACGGACACUAGAACGUCAAACUCCCAAUCCCCUGCCUCUACAUGGAAGAUUGAAAUACAGGCUAACCACAUGAAAAGACAGGUUCCAGCUUUACAGGAUUUGCCUUCCCGGGUGGAGUCUCGGAAGUUGGUGCCCAAGUUCAUUGGACCCUUCAAGGUUCUCAAGAAAGUGAACCUGGUGGCUUACACCUUGCAGCUCCCUAAGACCCUCAAGAUCAAUCCCACAUUUCGCAUUUCCAAAUUAAAACCUGUAAACACUAAUCCUUUAGCCCCCACUACCGUCAGUCCUGCUACCACCAGGUUUGUCACUGAAGAACGGUUCCUCACUGUAAAAAGAAUUCUGGAUUCACGAACUGUUUGGAGUGUUCAGCAGCUCCUCAUGGACUGGGACCGGAGGAGUGGUGCUGAGUUCCUGAGACAGACAGCUUGGAUCCAGCUGUCAUCGAUGGCAAUCAGCAUAAUCUCUAAGUAACCAAGGCCGUCAGGAGUCGACCAUAGGGGAGGGGUUCCUGUAAUGACAUGCAACCAACUGCCCCAGCCUGCAGGGUUUAGAUGCUCUAACUCUCAGAAUGUGGAUAACUGGCCCGCCCUGCUAAUUGCUGGCCAUGUUUUAGAAACAUAGAAAACCUACAGCACAAUACAGGCCCUUUGGCCCACAAUGCUGUGCCGAACAUGUACUUUCGAAAUUACCUAGGGUUACCCAUAGCCCUUUAUUUUUCUAAGCUCCAUGUACCUAGGUUUUGGUGCCAGGAUUUUCAAAUUUAAAGCAUGAAGACAUUGAGCUUAUUGUUCGUCCAGGCAACUCAUACCAGCAGUCUCGACCUUUAAACACUCCUAUACCUAUGGCUCCAUGGCAUUGGGCAACCAAACCCUGGAGACUUUUACAUGUAGACUGCGCAGGCCUGCUGGAUCGUCACUGGAUGUGCUUUCUAAUUGGAUCAAGGCCAAAGCGCUGAAGAUGUUGACCAGCCAGAUGAUGAUAAACAUUUUACGCACACUAUUUUGUGUGCAUGGAACCCCCAGUUCUGUGAUAAUAGUCCCAUGUUUCCAAGUGAGGAGUUCAAAGUAUUUUUACAAGACAGUGGAGUUCGAUUGCAACAUUCACCCUUUAUCACCCAUCAUCAAAUGGUAUGGGUGAAAGAGCUGUUCAGAUUGUGAAGCAGGGAGUACAAAGGUUUAAUGGGGACAUACACAACAGGAUCAACUGGUUUUUGUUCGCGUACCGAAUAACCCCUUGAACUACCACAGCUUUCUCUCCAUCUGAGCUACUGAUGCACUGCAGGUUGCAUUUCCAAUUAAAUUUGUUGCACCUGGAAGUGGGAGACAGAUGAAAGACAAUGAAAGUACAGGACAAUUCAAAUAAGGAACAUCAGUGGGAGAUCCCAUUUAUCUUGACCCGAACCCUGAAAGCUGAAGGUGGAUGAACGGAGAAAUUGUGGUGAAAGAGGGUCAACAAGUUACUUCAACACUUCAGGAUGGUAGUGUAUACCAUCAACAUCUAAAUCCCAUCAGGAGACGACCAAGUGAAUCCCUCAUUCUAGGAUGAGCAAGUGAACAAGACAGGUUAGCACUGCAGCCAACUGAAGCAGGAUCCCCAGUUAAAAGCACUAGAUCCGAACCAACACUCAUUCCUGGGGCUUCUGGAUUGUGCUGAUCAGAACGGACCAGAAUACUGAUUGAAUAUUAUCAAGCAGGUUUCGCCUGAAAAACUAACAGGUGGAGAGAUGUCCAAUCCACUGUUACCGGUCUGUCAUAUGAUAUAACAGGAUCAGUCGAUAUUGUAGGCUUGUCCAUCUAACAAUUGAUGUUUGACCUACUAAUUCUGUGCGUGUUAGCGUGCUCAUUGUUUCUGAGUGACAAUUAGUCAAGCAGACCUAUUUGGCUGCACUGGACAUGAAACACGUUCUGUUCCAACCUCCAGGUUGAUCCUUACUUGUAACAGUACUAAGCAGAAUAUUUAUAGAAGGCAUCAUACCUAUUGUCAGUCAGCUGGAUGAGUGAGGAGUUCUUGUUAAGACAUGCAGUGGGUCAGACUGUCCGGUCUGACCUGUCCAGAAGGUGAAUGGCACUUGGAGUCCAACGGUAGAUUACAGGAUCACUGAGUGGAGUGUAUUGACAAGUUAACCUCUCUGGUGGUAGAUUCAUCAAUGAUCAACACCUCAACCCACCACACAUGUUAUCGAUAUGGCCAGUGGUUUCUGGUCGGUACCACUGGUGCCUGAAUGUCAAUCAUAAUUGGCUUUUAUAGUUGUUGGUCAACCACAGGGACUUCACAGCAGUCCUACUGUCUACCACGGCCUUGAGACAACACCUAAGGGGUUUUCCAGGCACUGAUUAAACUAUCAUACAACAUGUGGAUGAUAUCCUGAUUGCGUCUGAGACCGCAGAUAGGCAUGAACGUGAUGUACUCUACCUACUCGAUUUAUCUGGCCUUCAAGGGACACAAAGCAAGUUUGGACAAGGCACAUCUACAACAAGAAGACUUACUUGGAGGGAAAAUUUCCCAAAGCAAACAGGAAGUCACUGAGGAUCACGCAAAGGCUGUCAUAUCAGCAAAACCAAUUGCAAUACAUCAGUCCAGCAACUUUGAUCAUUUCUGCGUUUAUACAACUACAACAGCAUGGGUUGAUUCAGAUACUGAACUUAGCCAACCCCUUACUAGUCUGCUGAAAUGUAACAAGCAAUCUGACAAGUGUGGAUUGGAGCAGCAGUUUUCUGUCAAAGGUGUAAUUGAUGAGAGGGAGGCCUUUAAAAGUGAAAUUUUGAGAGUACAAAGCUUCUAUCUGUCUGGCUGACAACCACAUCUGCACCAGGUUUUCAAAAGAUAUUGAGGCCCUGGUUAGGAAAAAAAAAAGAGGAGCAUAAUAGGUAUAGACAGGUGAAACAAAUGAGUUACUUAUGGAGUAUAAGAAAUGCAAGAGAACAUUUCAGAAAGAAAUCAGGAGGGCUUAAAAAAUUAAGGCAUGAGGUUGCCAUAGCAGACAAGGUGAUGGAGAAUCCUAAGAGAUUCAUUCUGUAGAUAUGUUAAGAGCAAAAGGAUUGCAAGGGAUAAAGCUAGUCCUUUGGAAGAUCAGAAUUAUAAUGUGUAGGGAACCAAAUGAGAUGGGGGGAGAUUUAAAUGGAUUUUUUGCAUCUGUAUUUAUUCAGGAGAUGGGUACAGAACUACAGAAGUGAGGCAAAGUGGCAUCGAGGUCAUGGACCCUACGGAGAUUACAAAGGAGGAGGUGUUUGCUUUCUUGAGGCAAAUUAGGGUGGAUAAUUCACCAGGGCAUGUGUAAGUGUUCCCAAGGACCCUAUGGAAGGCAAGUGCAGAAAUUGCAGGGGCUCUAGCAGAGAUGUUUAAAUCAUCUUUAGUGUCCGUUGUGGUACUGGAGGAUUGGAGGAUAGCUAAUGUUGUUCUGCUGUUUAAUAAAGGCUCUAAAAAUAAACCAGAAAGUUACUGUAUAGGCCAGUGAAACUGACAUUAAUAAUAGGAAAGUUAUUGGAAGAUAUUCUAAGGGAUCCAGUCUUUGAGUAUUUGCAUAGAUAGGGACUAAUUUCAGAGCUUUAAAAAUCUGUGCUUCGUAGUCGUAUUUUCAGAGCAUGACAAGGGAGUUCAGAAUUCAUUAGCAGAGUCAAAUAAAAGUAAGGCAGGGGCAAGCAAAGUUGCCAUUAUUGGAGUGCAGCAGUGUUGGAGUGGAGAGACUUUUGGCUUUGGCUGAACAGGCAUGGGCGAUGUAAGUAUCUGGUCAGCUUUUUCUUGUUCAUUCUUCAUCUGUAAAUGUAUCGUUAGGGCAGUAAGAAUGGCUCCAGGGGCUGAGUUAUGUUCUUUGUGUGAGAUGUGGGAAUUCUCAGAGGUCUGGGAAUAACCACAUCUGCACCAGGUGGACCGAGCUGCAGCUCCUCAGAGAAUGCAUUAAAGAACUGGAGCUGCACCUUGAUGACCUUGGGUCAUACAGGAGACUGCAGAGGUGAUAUAUAGGAUCUACAGUGAGGAAGUCACUCCGAGGUUACAGGAGGCAGGUGAAUAGGCGACCAUCAGGAGAGGAAAGGGAAAUAGGCAGCCCAUACAGAGUGCCUCGCUUGCGCUUUUCUCAAUAACUAGAAUACAGUAUUCGAUACUGUUGGGAACAACCUACCAGUGGGGAGCCGCAGAGAUUUUGGUGCUGUAGCUCAGAAGGGAAUGAGGCAAAGGGCGAGUGUAGUGAAAAUGGGAAAUUCCAUAGUUAAAGGAGUAGAUCAGAGAGUCUGUGGAUGCGAUAGAGGGACCCAGAUGGUGUGUUGCCUCCCAGGUGCCAGGGUCAGGGUUUGUGUACAUGAUAUUCUAAAGGGGGAGAGUGAGCAGCCAGACAACUUGGUACAUUUUGGUACUAAUGGCAUAGGAAUGAAAAGAGAAGGGGCCCUAAAGAGGGAAUUUAGAGAACUAGAUAGAAAGCUGAAAAGCAGAACCUCCGGGUAACAGUCUCUGGAUUGUCUAUGCCAUGCGCAAUGAUGACAAGAAUAGGAUGAUUCGGCAGAUGAAUGAGUGGCUGAGGGACUGGUGCAUGGGGUAGUGUUUCUGAUUUAUGGAUCAUUUGCAUCUCUUCUGGGGAAGGUUUCACCCGUACAAACGUGUUGAGUUACACCCAAACCCGAGGGGGACCAAUAUCCCUCCAGGCAGAUUUGCCAGAGCAGUUGUGGAGGGGUUAAACUAAUUUAUCAGGGGGUGGGGAAUUGGAGUGAUCGGGCUGAAGAGGUAGUGUAUAGUGAGACUGUCGGGAAGGACUGGCAGAUGAUGGGGCAAAAUUGAAGAGUCAUGGAAUACUACAGCACAGAAACAGGCCUUUCCGCUUACUUGUACCAUAUCCCCCCCCAACACCACUCCCAUCCAUGUACCAUAUCCCCCCAAUACCACUUCCACCCAUGUACCUCCCCCUAAUACCACUCCCAUCCAUGUACCUCACCCUCAAUACCACUCCCAUCCAUGUACCUCCCCCUCAAUACCAACCCCAUCCAUGUACCUCCCCCUCAAUACCACUCCCAUCCAUAUACCUCCCCCUCAAUACCACUCCCAUC